GCAACGAUCAGUCUGUGCUCGCGAGUCACUGUGUCGAGGUGGAGUGAGUAAACGGUUGUUUGAUUAGUUGGUUCUAUAAAUUGUUCUCGUGUUUAAAAAUUUGUUUUAAAAGAUUUGAAUUAAUUAAUUUCAAUUUGUUUAUUCUGAAUUGCGUGCUAAAUUAUUAAAUGUCUUAACAAAAAUAAAUUGAAUCAAACGAAAUCCCAAAGGUUUGAGCUUUAUAUAUUUUUAUUUCUUAUACGCAAUCACAAAAAUCAAAAAUCAAGAAGAUUAAGUGAAAGAAAUAAAAUCGCUUUAGCGUUCCAAAAAGUGGUAGAAAGGAGUACAACAAAAAAAACAAAAAAAAAACAAAAAAAAAAGGUAAGGAAUACGAAAUCAAAAAGAAAUAAAUACGUGCUUUUAACAAAAAUUAUUAAAAUCAAAUCGAGAAUUAAAUAAAAACACAUUUACAAAAAUUCACACUUCGUAAGUGAAACAAAUUGCAUUGCAAAUUACAAUAAUUAAAUAAUUUCGGAAUAGUUUGUAAUUAUUAUUCUGUUGUCUUCACAAAUGCAACACAUGCAGAGCUGAGUUAACUAAAAAAAGCGGUUCCGUAAUGGAGUUAAUACCACCAACGUAAGUUUGUUAGUUUGCUCUACAAAAGUACAUACGAAAUUCAUAUACAUAUUGCCUUUGUAAUUAUGUAAAAUAAAAAAAUCCACUCCAUGUCGAAGCGUGUGUCUUAAAGGUGAACAAAAUAGUUCAGUUCAGCUUUAAUAAAUAAAAAAUAAUAAUAAUAAUUUUAAUAAAUAAAAUUCAAAAGUAAAAAGUUUGUAAAAUAAGAUUUACUUCAAGUCAGUGUUCAACUAAACUUUUACCCAAAAACUCUUUCCAAAAAAACAAAAAAAAUAAAAAAAACCAAAAACGGUUUUAAUUUCAAUGCCACUGUUAGUUUUUUGUUUUUUUUAUGCCCCAAAUGUUGUAAAUUAGCAACAACAACACAAACAACAACAACAACUUAAUACACUAAUUAACCAGCAAAUACAUCACUACAACAACAACACUAAUACUGAGCUUCAAAAGCAUAAGAAAUUUGUGCUUUGUUUUCUUUUGGUUAUAAACAAAAAUAAAAACAAUAACAAUAACAAAAACAAAAAUAAAAAUAAAAUCUUCAAAAUUGAGCCAGCAAAAGAAGUAGCAGCGGUGAGAACAACAACAGCAACGAGAAAUAAGCGCAAAGCUUCAGCUUUAACCUCUGUGUUAACAGCCAAAAAUGUGUAUAUACAACCAAUACAUCGUGGUUUUGUAUAUAAGUUAAGGCGUCACACUGGCUUCACCCAAUAAUACGGCACCGCCCGUGCUGUGGCGCGCGCGUCGCAAAGUCGGUUUGCAUUUGCGCAGCAUAGAGGAGCCCUCCGCGCAGCCGACACAGAACAGAAUGACUGCGGAGCAGGGGGGCACAGGGUUCGGAUCUGAAACAAGUUUAUUAGGAUCACGCACCGGUGUCCCCCUGCCAUUGCAAAAUGCUCACCCGCUAUCACCACAAAAAGGCUAUGAUGCCGAAUAUGCACGCAUGGAAGCGUGGAUGGAUGAGAAUCAAGAAUUUGUACAGGAUUAUUUUAUAAGAAAAGCAACACGUCAAGUUGUUGACGCUUGGUUGGUCUCACAUGCAACAUCAGCCGGUAAUGAUGUGUCCGCCGGUUCACCCACACAUGCAAACGGACAAAAUUGCUCAUCACGUGGUGGCUCUGGUGCCACUACACCAGUCAGAAAAAUAUCUGCUCAUGAAUUUGAACGCGGUGGGCUGCUUAAGCCAAUUGUCAACACCAUUGAUGGCACACCAACGUUUCUAAGCAUAGGCACACAAAAUGAUUGCUCUACAAACAACAAUCCUACCAGUAAUGGCAGCGUAGGCGGUGGUGGUGGUGGUGUUGGCAACAGUCAUCAUCAUCACCAUCAUCAUCAUAAUCAUCUGCACAAUCAUCAGACAGGGACGAGCAGUCACCAUAAUUACCAUCGGCCGCAGCGUUUAUCAAGGAACGAAUUAAAACAAUUGGACGAAAAGGAACUGAUUUUUGAAUUGGUAAAGGACAUCUGCAAUGAAUUGGAGGUGCGCACUUUAUGUCACAAAAUUCUACAAAACGUUUCAAUAUUGUUAAACGCUGAUCGUGGUUCACUGUUUUUGGUACAAGGACGAUGCAAUAGCAGCGAUGGACCUAAAAAAUGUCUAGUUUCAAAAUUGUUUGAUGUUUGUCCACGUAGUACAGUGGAAGAAAUGGAACAACAGGAAGAGGUACGCGUUGCCUGGGGUACUGGAAUAGCAGGUCAUGUGGCAGAAAGUGGAGAGCCAGUAAACAUACCAGACGCCUAUCAGGAUAAACGUUUCAAUUGUGAAAUUGACACAUUGACUGGCUAUCGAACAAAAGCGUUAUUGUGCAUGCCCAUUAAGGACUCCUCAGGCGAUGUAAUUGGUGUGGCACAAGUCAUUAAUAAAUUAAAUGGUGAAUGUUUCUCUGAAACAGAUGAAAAGGUAUUUGCUUCCUAUUUACAAUUCUGUGGCAUCGGCUUACGCAAUGCACAACUCUAUGAGAAAUCUCAAUUGGAAGUUAAACGUAAUCAAGUGCUGCUGGAUCUAGCUCGAAUGAUAUUCGAGGAGCAAAGCACCAUUGAGCACAUGGUAUUCCGUAUCCUAACACAUAUGCAAAGUCUUAUACAAUGCCAAAGAGUGCAAAUAUUGCUAGUACAUGAAGCGUCCAAAGGUAGCUUCUCGCGUGUGUUCGAUUUUGAAGCGAACGAUUUGAGCAAAGAAGAUUCCACAUCACGUACAAGUCCGUAUGAAUCAAGAUUUCCCAUUAAUAUAGGUAUAACUGGUUAUGUGACUACAACGGGUGAGACUGUUAAUAUACCAAAUGCUUAUAAAGAUGAUCGCUUCGAUCCAAGAGUUGAUGACAAUUCCACUUUUAAACACAAAUCCAUACUAUGCAUGGCUAUUAAGAAUUCAUUGGGACAAAUUAUAGGUGUUAUACAACUAAUAAAUAAAUUUGAUGAUUUGAACUUUACCAAAAAUGAUGAAAACUUUGUUGAAGCAUUCGCCAUAUUCUGCGGCAUGGGCAUACACAAUACUCACAUGUAUGAGAAAGCUAUUGUUGCUAUGGCUAAGCAGAGUGUCACCUUGGAAGUAUUAAGCUAUCAUGCAUCCGCCACAAUUGAUGAGGCACAUCGGCUGCGGGCGUUGCGUGUGCCUUCAGCAGCACAUUUCCGUUUGCACGAUUUCAAAUUUGAUGAUAUACAUUUUGAAGACGACGAUACGUUGAAAGCUUGUCUGCGGAUGUUUUUGGAUCUCGAUUUUGUUGAGCGUUUCCACAUAGAUUACGAGGUGCUCUGCCGUUGGCUGUUGAGUGUUAAGAAGAAUUAUCGCAAUGUUACUUAUCACAAUUGGCGACACGCCUUCAAUGUAGCUCAGAUGAUGUUUGCUAUCUUAACGAUUUCCCAUCAUGGACAGGCGACACAAUGGUGGAAGAUAUUUGGCGAAAUUGAAUGUUUGGCUUUAAUUAUCGGCUGUUUGUGUCAUGAUUUGGAUCAUCGAGGGACCAAUAAUUCAUUUCAAAUUAAAGCUUCUUCACCACUUGCGCAAUUAUAUUCAACAUCCACUAUGGAACAUCAUCACUUCGAUCAAUGCCUGAUGAUUUUGAAUAGUCCUGGAAAUCAAAUCUUAGGGAAUCUCUCAUCUGAAGAUUAUUGCCGUGUUAUACAUGUACUUGAGGAUGCUAUUCUGUCUACAGAUUUGGCAGUCUACUUUAGAAAACGUGGUCCAUUUCUACAAUCGGUGCAAGAGCAGCCCAUGAGCUAUUGGGUUGCUGAUGAGCCCCGCGCUCUAUUGCGUGCAAUGAGCAUGACAGUCUGUGAUUUGUCGGCUAUCACAAAGCCAUGGGAAAUUGAAAAACGUGUGGCCGAUUUGGUAAGUUCGGAAUUUUUCGAACAGGGCGAUAUGGAGAAGCAGGAACUUAACAUAACGCCAAUUGAUAUCAUGAAUCGCGAAAAGGAGGAUGAAUUACCUAUGAUGCAAGUUGGCUUUAUUGAAUCUAUUUGCUUGCCCAUAUAUGAGGCUUUUGCCCAUCUCUCUGAUAAGUUGGAACCUUUGGUAGAGGGAGUGCGUGAUAAUCGUGAGCACUGGAUUGCAUUAGCACAAGAAGUACAAAACAAAUCUAUAUUACCCAAUAACGAUGAUGAAACAAUUGCAGAUGAAACGCUAAAUUCAGUCAGUUUAAGUGAAACAAACACUGAAGUGGCUACCAAAGUAAGUGCUCUUGAAACACAAGAGCAGUUCGUCGAUACUAUAAAUAUGAACAAUGUUGCAGCAACAGAAAAUGCCAAAGUAGAUGAAAGCGUUAUUGUUAGUGAUAAUGAUGAUUCCGAAGUAGAAGAACAUCAUUCCACUAGUUGUCAUUCUUCGGAGUCCAGUCGUGCCUCCACACCACCGCCAACUGGCGACGAAGACAGCGCUCCCAAUUCACCAGAGAAACUAGCAACACAGGCAAAACUAAUAGCCGCAAAUCUAAAUAAUCUAAAUCAAAAGUCGCAAAAGACACGUACUUCCUGCAAAUCCUGCGGUUACGUACGGUGCAAUUAUAUGCGCAAAGCGUCAUCUCUAAAGAAUGCAAAUGAAUUGUAUACACAAAACACACAUAAGCUGCUUCAAGCCACGAAAAGUAGCCCAACCUAUAGCAAAAGCACACCCUCAAUGUCAGUAUGUGGCACCGGAAUUGGCCAACAGCAGCAGCAGCAGCAGCACCAAAUGCAACAACAACACUCGCAUCAUCAUCAUCAUCACCACCACCAUCAUCAUCAACAUCAACACAACACUCAUUCUCAUACGCAUCAUCAUCACAGUCAUGCUCAUCAUCAUCUACACGUUGGCGGUAGCAGUGCAAUCGGGGGCAGUGGCGGCAUCGGAGGCAUCGGAAGUGGUGCCACUGAAAGUGAUAAAAUACCAAAAAUUGUUGGCAAAUUGGGUAAUCUCGACGGUAUGCAGUACUACGCGAAUGCAACCUCUUUUGGUGAUGCCACAGCCACCAACGGCAUCGGCUUCACACCCAAUGGCCAUAUCAAUUACCACCUCGCCGGUAAUCUGUUGUCGCGCCGACACUCGAUGACAAAUGGACCAACACCCGCAACACUUACAACAGCUGCAUCCAUAACCGCUACACAGACGGCCAUGUGUGAUAAAUGAAUUACUACUAUUUAAGUGCAGAAAAUUUUUAUUAGUUCGUUAGCUUAAGUAAGAGUCAAGAAUCAGUAAAAUUAAGGUUUCGCCUAGAACUUCACUGUGCACACUGUUCACUAUAAAAUAUUCACUACUAAUUUACAUACUAUUAUAUACUAUUUAUAUUUUAUUAUAAUUAUUAUGAGCAAA